GGCCCAGCUGUGGGGCGGAGGUGGCGGAGAGGCCUGCGGCGGCAGGAAGCGCCGGGAAGAAGAGCGGGUGCCGGAGCCGAGCCGAGCCGAGCCGAGCCGGAGCGGGCGGCGCAGGCCGGCGCGGCUAGCAGCAACCAUGUCGGUGUUCGGGAAGCUGUUCGGGGCUGGAGGGGGUAAGGCCGGCAAGGGCGGCCCGACCCCCCAGGAGGCCAUCCAGAGGCUUCGGGACACGGAGGAGAUGCUAAGUAAGAAGCAGGAAUUCUUGGAGAAGAAGAUCGAGCAGGAGCUGACGGCUGCCAAGAAGCACGGCACUAAAAACAAGCGCGCGGCACUUCAGGCCCUGAAGCGCAAGAAGAGGUAUGAAAAGCAGCUGGCGCAGAUCGACGGCACGCUGUCAACAAUCGAGUUCCAGCGAGAGGCCCUGGAGAAUGCCAACACCAACACCGAGGUGCUCAAGAACAUGGGCUAUGCCGCCAAGGCCAUGAAGGCUGCCCACGACAACAUGGACAUCGAUAAAGUUGAUGAGUUAAUGCAGGACAUUGCUGACCAGCAGGAACUUGCAGAAGAGAUUUCAACAGCUAUUUCAAAACCUGUAGGGUUUGGAGAAGAGUUUGACGAGGAUGAACUCAUGGCAGAAUUAGAAGAACUAGAACAGGAGGAACUAGAUAAGAAUUUGCUGGAAAUCAGUGGACCGGAAACAGUCCCUCUACCAAGUGUUCCCUCUAUAUCCCUACCAUCAAAACCCGCCAAGAAGAAGGAAGAGGAAGACGACGACAUGAAGGAAUUGGAGACCUGGGCUGGAACCAUUUAACCAGUCCAGUGCGGGCUGGGCCCAGACAGACUCUGGUGGCCUGCGCGGCGGGCAGGCGCGUGUGUGUGCGGGGCAGGCCGGACGUGGUGCAGGCAGGUUCCAUCGCUCUCGAAUCUCCCUCCAAAGCAGUAGGGCCGCAUCACUGCUCACUCCGCAUAGCAUGGUCUGCACCCAGCGGGACAGGUGGGGUGGGGGA